GAGUGUGUAUAUAUGGCUGUGUGUGUGUGGGUGUGCGUGUGUGUGUGCGACAGAGAGCAGGGUUUUUGUGCGUUGUUGUUCUCUGUUUGCUCGCCGCUCGUUUGUCGUUGGUAUUGUUGUUGCCUCUGUGUGUUCUACGUUGCCGAUAGAUACUUUUCGCCCAUGGCCCGCCGCUCGCGUAUCUGUGUGUUUUAGUCGCUUUUCGACGUGAAACAUACGACAUCGACACAACCGACUACUGCCACCGUCGCCGCCGUGGAGCAGCGCGCCCGAGCGCACAAAUUUCAAACUCAACACUUUUGUACGUUACGUCAGUCGAAUCGUCGGACUUGAAUCUUGAAUCUUUAAUCCGUUCCCGUUGCUCUGGGAGCAACAAAAUAGUUUUUGGCGCCGUUUUUUCUUCUGCCUGGCGCCAUUUGAAGUCCGAUUUUUGGAAAACCCAUCGGAAAACCCACAUCAAAUCCCUGCAAAGAGACAACAACACCAAAAGGAUAACACCCCACCAAAACAUCGAAUAUGACAACCUCAACGCGCAGCAGCAGCAGCACCAAUAAUAACAGCAACAGCCGAAACCACAACGAAAGCGAGGAGAGGAACAACAACGGAAAUAGUCCAGCGAACAUUGGAACCACGAAUCGCGUCAUGCAGGCGGACGAGGACUUUAACAUCCGGUUCGUCAAUCUGGUGCGCACCCACAAGUGCCUCUACGACAAGAAGGUGCCCGAGUACCGCAACAGGGACAACCAGGAGAAGGCGUGGGUGCUGAUUUCAAAGGAAACCCGUGAAAGUGUCAUUCACUGCAAGGAGCGGUGGCGCAACCUGCGCGCCUGUCUCUCGCGCUACAUCAAGCAGCAGAGCGGAUCGGAGCCACAGCACAAGCCCUACUACCUGACGGAGCACAUGGCCUUCCUGCUGCCCUUCCUCAAGUCCACGCGAAACUCCCUGGACGGCAACAGCAGCCUGGCCACGCUCUUCCAUCUCUCCCAACAGCACCAGCACCUGAACCACUUGCAGCAGCACCCCCAUCAGACGCUUACUCUGCCCCAUCCCCACGAGGAGCACAUGUACUGCUCCACCGCCACCAACAACAACAACAAUGAAGAGGUCAUGGAGCUGAAGCACUCGAUGUCAGAUAACGACGACGAGGAGACUAUCGACGCCUUCGACCCCGCCGUUGCCAGCACCCUAAACCUGCAGCGGGGUGUUCCCCCAGCCACGCCCACAAGUCAUGCCGCAAGUCAUCAUCAGCCGCGCGGCAGUUCUCCUGCUCGGAGCGAUACGGCCAGUGCGGACAGUAUGCAGAAUUUCAUUCCGGACGUACAGCUGGCGGAGUCGGGACCGAACUUGAUCUACAACGAUGCGGGUCGCGGCACGCCACCGCCGCUGCACUACCACCCGCACACGCUGCCACAUCCGAUGGAUGCGCACCACCACCACAUCCACAGCCUUGGCCACGGCCACCAGCACCAGUUCGAGCCGGGCAGUGCCAAGCGGAUCAAGACGGAGUGCGAGGCCACCAGCACGAUGGCGAACGGCGGAACAAACUUCUAUGGGGGUCUGAGCGUCGCGGAACUGGCGGACAUGGAGUUCUUCCGCAGCAUUCUGCCGGACAUUACGGCACUGACGCCGCAGCAGCGAAGGAAGUUCAAGAUCGGGAUCCUGGAGCUCAUCGACGAUGUCGUGGCCCGCUACCCGGGGCCAGAGCGCUACAACGGGGGAGGAUGCGUGGUCAACGGCAGUGGCGGGAGCAGCAGCAAUGGCGGCGGAUCAUCCCUAAACAGCACGGCGGGUAGGCAGCAGCGCCGGAGCUCAGGGCGCGACUGGCGCAAGUAAAACGUCACUAGUCACUAACUAGAUGUAGGCCAAUUUGUUUAGUUAGUAGCUAAAAACUGGACUGGAGUGGAGGAAGAUUUGACUUCGACUUCAGUCCGCUCACUGUCCAUGUGUUGUGUGCGCUCAAUGAGUAAGGAUUAGGAUAUAGGAAUAGCUCUAAGAAGGGGACGCUGAGCCCCCACCCUGUAUAUAAAGUGUCUGUGUAUGCGGCAAGGACUUGCCUCCUCGCAUAGUAUAGAAUAUAUAUCUUAUAUAUAUAUAGAAUUCUAGCAUCGAUGUACAAAGUGUUCCUUGGUUGAGUCAGAGGAAGAGAACGAGGAAGGAAUCGAACCCACUGCUGUGUCAAAUAAAUCAAAUGUCAAAUGUGAAAUGUGAG